CCCCUCCCCGGCGUGGAGGUUCCGGGAGCACGGCGUUCCGCGGAGGUUGCCUCUGUCCCUUGUCGUGAGCCCCGCCUCCACAGGGACAGGACCCGCUCGAUUGAAGGCACUGCGCAGAGACGAAGGAACGCGAAGAAGUCUCCGGUUCCCCGAGGGCCAGGCAGCAGCGGUGGCGCCUCCGUGAGAGGCUCGGGCGCCCGUAGCCCUGGUGCUGCGGUAGCGGCCGCUUGGAGGCGGAUGGUGGCCUGAGGGUAAGACAGACUCCGGUGAGCGCGGAUAGCACGGGGACAGCCGCCUCCCGGCCCGGGCGCCGGGCUCGGAAGCGGUACGAAUGAGAGACUCCGGGCAGCCGGGCGCUGCCGGCCGGAACAGACCCAUGGCUGACAGGUGAGCCCUCUGCUGAGGGGACGAACGCUGCCCCCGGGUCAGGGAAACAUGUCCCGUCGGAAACAGACCACUCCUAACAAAGUUCACUUACACUGCUACACAGCAACUAUUCAACGGGAGCCAUCAAGAGCUUGCAAGCAGGACCACAAGAAAAUAAAGGGACCAAAAGACAGAAGAAACAUGUCAAUGGCAACGUCUCCACCUUGGGAUGGAAAAUCUUGUCUGUCUUAUGAUGAACACCACCAAAUCAUUGGGACUUCUCUGUCUAUCUAGCCUGCUGUGUAUCUGGAGGGCCCAGAAAUGCCAUGCAGUGCACUGACGAGGAUAAUCGAAGAGAGAAUCAGCUCCAAGAACUGGGUGAGCCAGCAGAAUGAGGAGUCAGGCUGAGACAUAGCAGACAUAUUAUUGAGACUUCUUCACAGGGACUGGAGUGGUUGGGAGGAGAGGAAUAAAUGGGACAGCAGGUACGCAGCUUUUAAUGGAGUUGUCUGCAGCUGGGGUCUGAUUUGGCAGGCCAUGGGGCUGGGGAAGUGCUUUCUGGAUUUGCAUAAAUACCACUCUGAAUAUCUAACUGGACAAGUUUGGGGGAGGAUGGUUCCAACUUCUUCUUUGCAUGGCCACUCCAUGUUAUCUUCUUUCUUGGACUGACUAGGGCAAGUGACAACUGUAGGUCUCCUCUCCCUGGGUUGCUUGGAGCCACCUCUUUCCAGGGUUACUUUCCAGGCUUGGCAUGGCCUUGUUUAACCUUUGCUCUUGCAACAACGUUUGCUGUUCUCACUUAGCACAGAAUCACUUUGUUUGGCAUGCAGAGCGACUGGCUGGGAAGUGGUGUGGUUACAGGUCAAAACAGAUCUAAAUGGAAGCUGAUGCAUAAGGAAAUUCAAAAUAAUACAGAAAAGGUGACAAAAAUUGCAAUUAUCACCAAAGUCUCAUUGUGCCUGAUGGCCAGUCCUUCUGCUGUUUUAACUGUAGUCAAUUCCCCUUUGGCAGGGCUGCAGCACAAUUGGCUUUUAAUUUAAUUUUGUUUUGCCACGUGGUUCAUAAAAAACUCUUGGACCUGACAAAGCAGAGACACUGGAAUGUUCUUAUUUCAUUGCCAGUUCUACACUGAACAGAGAAAUACACUGCAGUCUCGUUCUUCCUGUGGAGACACCUUAAUUGGUUCAAUUUGGUCUUUAUUCUCUCCCAGAGUCUAAACUAUAAAUGUCUAAAAUCUCCAGGCAGUUCAUCAGAUCUCACACUCAAGCCCACCCGUUGCUGCGCUGUCACCUCAUCAGUUGUGGGCUGCCCUUGUGCUUGCAAAAAUCUGCUGUAGGUGUUGGCACGUGCUUCCAUUUUUUCUCUCCCUGCUACCCCAUGAGCUGCUAUACUUUCUAUUGCUUGUACCCUUUGCAAGUGGUGCUUAUUUUAGGACUCUUGAGAACAGCUUUUGUUAGUCAAACUCCUACUUCUAGCUCUCUUUGUCAUAGUCCCAACAUCCCGUUAAUCCUCUUUCCUUCCCUCUCCCUCUGACACACACACACUCUCUCGGCUCUUUGGUGUUCCUUGAAUUCUGCCAUCUCUGGUAUUCCCAGGGUUUUUUUGAGGAAGUAUCUUGCAAGAAUUAGCACCCAGCAUUCAAAACCGAGCAGAAAUAUUACUUGCAUCAAAAUUCUUGGUUCUUAAAGGGCUCUGUGGGCUGCUGUUGUUAACUCUUUCCAUUGUGUUGUUUUUCAUUUCAGUAACCACUACAGCAGUGUGGACAACCCAGAAUAGCGAUGGGGCAGGUGGACUAGAUCCACAGUGGUGGAAAGACUUGCAGAUUUCAGGUCCAGGAAAGGAACACAGAGAAGACCUACAGGAACAGGGACUUUAAAUUGAUGUACAAGGAGGGAAUAAAGUGGCUCAUCUCUGGGAGACCUUUCUGUUUAGGAAGGAAGACAGGGGAACGAUGCAGUUUCUUUUGACCUUGCUUUGUGGAUUUUGGGGUGGGGGUUGUUUGUUUGUGUGUUUAUUUUCCAGAACAUCUGAGAGUUAUCCUGCAUUCAUACAGUGCAAGAAGGGAAGGGCUCAGGAAAAAAAUAAUUUCUGGCUACCAACUUGCUGCACCACCAGAUCCUAGCAGUCAUAACUGCCUGUUGCUCAGUACCACAGGGUUGCCCCAUACCUCCACAACUGCUCACCUGGCAUCCCACUCAUUUGCAAGAUUAUGGAGAGGAGAACUGGAGUGCAAAGCAGAGGCAUUUGUACAAUCUCUCUCUGUCCGGUGUCUCUAGCUGUUUGUAAAGCAAAUACAGUGAUUUGUUUUGGUCAGCCUGCAGCCCUUUUGUAUUUAAUAAAACAACUUCUGGAGAAGAGUCUGUGGAUUCACUAUUGAGUUUAAGAUCCUUUACCAAAUAGCCGCGAUCCUAAAGCUACUCCCUGUCUUACUCCAUUUCCAAACAAAUGGAAGUGUAUUCAAAGGGGUGGGAGUGUUAAGUGUCUGCAUGUGAGCAAGUGUGAGCAGAAACAAUGAAAGUAUAACCCUGUACCUGUCAAAGCUCUAAAGCUUCAUCAAAGUAGGCCUGAGUCCAUCAGUAGAUGAACAGGAGGACACUCUUCCCUAAGUUCUUUUGGAGGCAAUAUUAGUUUAAUACAUUAAGAAAUUCUGCAUAAGCUAAAAAUGGCUUUUUAAAAAGUUUGUCCUUCCCAAUCCUAUGAUGCCUAUUUAGGUCUAGGCUAGUGGAGAAUGCACAAGGUGUCAUCUGCUAACAGCCCUGGUUUGCUAACAGUUUGCAUUUCUGGCUGCAAGCUGACGGUUCUCUGCCCUGCGCUGAAUCAACGCUGACUUGGUUCUGGGUGUGCCAUGUGGGAAGGCUGCUGGCAGACCCAAUGGCUUUCUUGGUUGUGACUGAUGCUCGUGUUACUCACAGGAGUUCCCUCCUCAGUCACCUCUUGUAAAGGUCACAGCUUUUAUAAUCCUCCAAACUGUCUGCAUAGUCUGUGUGCCUGAGCAGGAAGGAACCCAAUGGCCACUAGACCCCAGGCUGCUGCUCAGUGGAAAUGCAAGGGGAAAGGUGGAAGAAGACAAAACAGCUUGCUGCUUCCAAUGGCAGCUGCUGUGGUGUUUGGGAAUCCAGUUUGCUACCCUGUCACAGGUAGCACAUCUCCCACCACAGUUUUACAUCUGUCCUCUGUCUUGCAGGUUUCCCCACUACAGCACACUUUGUCUUGCAAUACUUUUUUGGCCUCUGGGCUCUUAUCCUGGUGGUUUAUGGACAUCUGCUUCUUGGAGAGGCACUGUCUGCUGCUCAUACCAUCUCUAUCUCAGUCCCACCAAUGUGGGGUUGUGAUCCAGACAUAAAAGCAGCACUCCAGGUUACAAAAAACAUUCAGUACUGGAAUGGCCUCUGAUGGGGGUACAUAUGUCAUAGCAGUCAUGGCAGUACCUGCUUCUUCCAGUGACAAAUAGACUUGGGGUGCUCCUCAGCACCUCUUCAGCCCCCCAUGGGUGGUGUUCUGAAGCCUUGGUUACAGAAAUCUUUCUCACAUUUCUGAAACAGAAUAAAUGCCUUCAAAUGCUUUUGGAAACCUCCAUGGGGAUGUUGGGAACUAAAACUCUUCUCCCACAGUCUCGGUGAAACUUCUGAAAGCCUUUGAAAUCUUCCAUAAAUUACUGCUUUAUAUGGCACUGCUGGAAGUUGCGAGGGGAGCAAGUCUUUGCAGGGCUGGAGGAACAAGCCCGCCAAGCCAUGAUGAAGAACAACUUUUCUGGAGCUCUUGGGGACCAAAGGCCAGCCAUUCAUCCACUGCAAGACCCUGACUCCAGCAGCAGUAGCAGUGAUGAGGAGGAAACCACCCAGGAUGAAGUUUCUUCCCAUACGUCUGAAGAGGAUGGCUCAAUGGUGAAAGUGAAGAAAGAACUGGAGAAUGCAGAACAACCAGUGGCUGGAACCCCAGUGAUGAGGGAAAAUGAGGUGCCUGAGAGUUUGAAUGCUGACCCUAUGCUGGGGCUCUCCCAGUGCCCUCUCUGCCAGCUGGAGUGUGGAAGCAGAGAGCAGCUCAUUGCUCAUGUAUACCAGCACACAGCAGCUGUGGUGAGUGCCAAGAGCUACAUGUGUCCUGUGUGUGGCAGAGCCCUCAGCUCACCAGGAUCCCUUGGGCGACAUCUCCUGAUCCACUCAGAGGACCAGCUGUCAAACUGUGCAGUGUGUGGAGCACGCUUCACCAGCCAUGCCACAUUCAACAGUGAGAAGCUGCCAGAGGUGCUCAGUGCAGAUCGCCUGCCAGCACCACAGAGCGAGGGCUCCUCCAGCCUUGAGGGGAAAGACAUUGCCUUCCACCCGCCCGUGUACCCUGCGGGCAUCCUCCUAGUGUGCAACAAUUGUGCUGCAUAUCGUAAGCUGCUGGAGGCACAGGCGCCUGGCAUGCGAAAGUGGGCGCUGCGCCGGCAGAACGAGCCCUUGGAGGUGCGGCUGCAGCGCCUGGAGCGGGAGCGCACGGCCAAGAAGAGCCGGCGGGACAAUGAGACCCCUGAGGAGCGGGAAGUCCGGCGCAUGCGGGAUCGAGAAGCCAAGCGCCUGCAGCGCAUGCAGGAGACGGACGAGCAGCGGGCGCGGCGCCUGCAGAGGGACCGUGAGGCCAUGAGGCUGAAACGCGCGAACGAGACCCCGGAGAAGCGACAGGCUCGGCUCAUCCGGGAGCGUGAGGCCAAGAGGCUCAAGAGGCGCCUGGAGAAAAUGGACAUGAUGCUACGGGCGCAGUUUGGCCAGGACCCCUCUGCCAUGGCUGCCUUGGCAGCUGAAAUGAACUUUUUCCAGCUGCCAGUGAGCAACGUGGAGCUGGAGAGCCAGCUGCUGGGCAAAAUGACGUUUGAGGAGCAGAGCAACACCACGCUGCAUUAAGCUGCAGCCAAGGACUGUGCCACCACUGCUGCACCUGCCGUGGGUACACUAGCAGGAUUCGGCACGCAGGAGGCUGCUGUGGGUCCUUGGCUGACUCUCCCUGACUGAUGGUACUGGUUUUCUCCUGAACAUGGCAGGAGAACAGAGCUGUCUGCCACAGCAGCCCUGGUGGGAGCAGAUUCUGAGGAUGCAGUCUGCUCGGGGGGGCAAGUUACAGCCUGUGAGCAGGAGAAAAUAAAUUAAUGUUCAUGUUUAUUUAGUGCCUUUCUUUACCUUUUCUGCUUUGUCCUAUUCUUGGACCCUUCCCCCUAGAUGGGUUUGGCCUGCUGCAAUUCUGCUGUAGGUGAAAGCAUACCUUACUAAAAAUGAAUCUUGUUUACUGCAGCAUGAAUUAGGGACCUGAGGACAACUCUGCCAGGACUAAAUCCCUCAACGUUUGUGCCCAUAAAGAAGAAGCAAAGGA